UGAGUUUUCUAGAUAAGUAUGCUCUCUCUCACACUCUGCCUCUCCAGGUUGUUAGGAAUUCUUGGCUGCGGUUCCUUUGUUGCCUCUAUGGUAACAAACACAGUAACCAGGAAACACAAUCCUCUGUCACUAGUCUGCAGUCAGUCUGUGUCCCAGCACCAGCAGCUCAUUGUAACAGCGUCCUGCCUCCCCCGACUGGUAAGGGAUUUGGGGUACCUGCUAUGUGAGGGUUCAAUCUCUGUCUGAUCACGGCCUCCUGCAGCAAUGUGUUUUAUUCCUUCUUACAAAAUCUGGCAGAUUGUUAUCUUUUUAUUUCUUUUGUUGAUUAUUCCUAAAACAAACUAAAUUAUCUAAAUUACUGAAAAGCAUUAAAUCCUGUCUGAAAAUGCACGUUUUGUUCUAUUUGAAAUUCUGCCAUUAAUUUAUCACAAAAAUAACACGUUAUCAAGAUUUAAAAAGAAGGAAGAUUUGGGAUAAAUUAACUUUUAUCUUUAUCGCUUUACAUCUGACAUUUUCUGUAUAUUUAUAUGUUACAAUAUAUUCUAAUUAUUUAACAGACACUUGUCUAAAUAUUAAAACACAGAAAAUAAAUAAUUGUACAAAUAUUAUGGAAUAAUUACUUUGUUUCUGAAAUUUUAAAAAAACCUACAUUUGUAAGCCGUAAAAUGAUGGCGAUAUUAAUAAAUGACAUUUUAGUAGAUCGUCUAAUGUUUAUUCAUUUAGAAGUGAUAUUGCUUUGAGUAAAGUAACAGUUAUGGUGCUGGUGAAUAAUUAGAAUGUAUUGAUAGAGGGCACUAUGAGGAGGUGAUUGAGGAGUGUGAUCUAUGGAGUAAGUGUGAACCUCAGUGAGGUGAGUGAGCACUUUGUAGAUAUAGAAGAAAUGGGGGUGAGUGAGCACGUUGGGGAAUUGCUUGUGGACAGGAGGGAGGACUUUGGGUACUUGAGUAGGGAGUUGCAUAAUCACUUCUUGGGCUGAGGUGUGUAUAGUGGGUACUUUAUUAGGUUGAGUGAUGGGUUAGUGGGUACUUUGUGGUACUCAGUGGGUGCUAUUUGGAUUGAAUAGUGAGUGGGCUGGUUAUUCUGUUGGGUUGAGUGUGGAGGUUAGUGGGUACUCUGGUUGAGUGUGGAGUUGAAUGGGUGCUCUGUUAUGUUGAGUGUUAAGGUGAGUGGGUACUCUGUAAGGAUGAGUGGAGAGGUGGGUGAUUACUCUGUUGGGGUGAAUGGGGAGGUGAUGGGGUGCUCUGUUAAGGAGAAUGGAGAGUUGAGCUGAUGCUCUAUUGGAUUAAGUGGGGAGGUGAGUGGGUACUCUGUUGGGGUGAGUGAGGAGGUAAAGUAGGUGCUCUGUUGGAUUAAGUGGGGAGGUAAGUGGGUACUAUGUUGGGUUGAGUGGGGAGGUGAGUGGGUACUCUGUUGGGUUGAGUGAAGAGGUAAAAUGGGUACUCUGUUGGAUUAAGUGGGGAGGUAAGUGGGUACUCUGUUGGAUUGAGUGAGGAGGUAAGUGGGUGCUCUGUUGGAUUAAGUGGGGAGGUAAGUGGGUACUCUGUUGGAUUAAGUGGGGAGGUGAGUGAUUACUCUGUUGGGUUGAGUGAGGAGGUAAAGUGGGUGCUCUGUUGGAUUAAGUGGGGAGGUGAGUGGGUACUCUUUUGGGUUGAGUGGGGAGGUGAGUGGGUACUCUGUUGGGUUGAGUGAAGAGGUAAAAUGGGUACUCUGUUGGAUUAAGUGGGGAGGUAAGUGGGUACUCUGUUGGAUUGAGUGAGGAGGUAAGUGGGUGCUCUGUUUAGUUAAGUGGUGAGUUGAAUGUGAGCUCUCUCUAUAUAAAUGGCGGUAGACUCCGCAAACCCCUGACAUAUAAAUCUCAUUCUCAGGACUCAGGAUGCAUCACUGUAUGAGGACGUUGUGUAUGGAUUCCAAGUACUGCAGUGUGGGAUCUCCGCUGAGUGAAUACUCAUGUCACAGUCUGAUAACACACCCACAGCCGGAGUGCAGAUACUCUGUAACUGCUCAUUCCUGUGUGAGCCACCACUCAAUCCCACAAAGGUAAACUACCAGCCUUGUACACAGGUAAACUACCAACAUUGUACACAGCCAACCUACCAACCUUGUACAAAGGUAACCUACCAGCCUUGUACACAGGUAAACUACCAACAUUGUACACAGCCAACCUACCAACCUUGUACACAGGUAAACUACCAACCUUGUACAAAGGUAACCUACCAGCUUUGUACACAGGUAAACUACCAGCCUUGUACACAGAUAACCUACCAACCUUGUACACAGGUAAACUAACAGCCUUAUAUACAGGUACCCUACAAACAUUGUACCCAGGUAACCUACCAUUUCAACCUUAUAGCAAGGUAACAUGACAACUCAGUCUUAUACCCAGGUAGCUUAUGCCUUACUCACAGAUAACAUACCAGCUCAGCCUUAUAACAAGGUAACCUACUGUAGCCUAACAGAGAGGUAACAGAUUUAUAUAUGGGAAUCAGCUCAUUGUGCGGACAACACAGACACAGGAAUAGAAUGAUUUAGAUUGUCUGUGUCGGUGGGUAUUGCGUUAGUAAACAUCUCUGCGUAUCCAUAGACACUGCAGCUGAGAUAAGGAACAACAGAUAGACAUUCUCUGUGAAUGAGAGAUAUAUAGGGAGUCGCCUAUAGAUUAGCUGGUAUGAUACAAAUAACUAGAAAUACAGAUUCUUAACGUCAGUGUGGAUCUCUUACUCUAAAACAGCUUUGUAAUAAAAAACAGUAAAUAACCGUGUGUAGGGUCCACAUCAGAGUUUCCUAAAGUAUCUCUGCAGAGUAAUGUAAGGCAGCGCGAAGGAUCAUACGGGACAAGUGGAAGAAUAAAAAUUCCACUUAUUUCAAAAUUAAAACAAAAAAAAACAGAUAUAUUAAAAGAAAAUCUAUAUUUAUAACACAGCCUUAUCCCAUGUUAUAUAACCCGGAUUUAAUAUUACUGUGUAUAGAUUGACCCAGACUUUCUUCUUGUAAAUUCUAGAGAAUUGAAAAUUUUAGGUCAAAAAUUGCAAAGUGUAAAAAAAAUUCAGCUGGAGUAAUAUUUCAUUAUGGUUAUUUUGAGCAAAAAUUAGCACUUUUUGAAUUCUCCAUGUUUAGUUUGUGUGAAAAAAAAAGCUAGAAUUAUAUUGUGGGGAAGACAUUGUGUGACGGUACAUUGUAUAAAUAUUGCGUGUGACGAUACAUUGUAUAAAUAUUGCGUUUCAGGAAUUUUUUUUCAUUUUUCAAAGGUGUUUGUGUGGAAUCCAUUUUCCCCACGUUGGAAGCAUACCCUGUGGGAAUGUUGAGAAUUUGUUUUCCUGCGGGAGAUCAUUAACGCCACACACAGUGGUACUGGCACGGAGACAGCGCGAUGGGUUUUACUAUCUGGCGACAGUAAAACAAGAGGUGAAAUAUUCUUCAUAAGCACAAUGUAAAUCAAUCAAUAAAUCAAUUGUGACUUUAUGAAAGCAGAGUCUGAUACCCUAAUCCAUUCUCAGAGAAAAAUGGACAAGAUACAAUAAAUCAUAGUAAUCUAAAAAAUAUUUAUCAAUAUAUAUCAGUCAGGAGACACAGCUAAUCUGAAGCCAAAUCUGAGGAAGGCCAUAUCACUUGGUAGAAACAGAUAAUCAGUGGCCAGGUCUGAAGAAGGACGUCCCAUUUGAUCACAUAUUUUGUAGUUGGCUUAUGUUGUGGAAUGUGUUUUUCAUGUUAGCUGUGUUAAGCUGGGCCCUGAUUAGUUUUUGAUAUCUGUACAGGAAGAACCAGGAGUGUUUCUAAUCGAGUUUAAUAGGCCGGUGAGUGAACGAUAUCCCACGACCCUGCAGAAAACAGAGGUGAACGAUAUGAUCCAGUACUUCGAUGCGCUGAGACAUUGCAUUCUUCCUGGAGAUACCGUGUUAGCUCCCUGGGAACCAGAACAAGUGAGAUAUGGACCAGGAACCGUUACACUGGGUGUAGAGACUCGGGAUCCUCUCCGAAGUAAGUUGUUUGAUGACGUAGCUGUGAUAUCCCACUUUAGCCUGACUCUUGCUGUCAUACUAGCUUUCAGUAAAAUUGAAUUAAAAAACCAACACUUUGAUGGCAUUAUUUUGCCGUAAUACACGGUGCACCGCUAGGCAUUCUCCUUGUAUUAUUAUUACUGGUACGAACAGAUUCCGUAGCGCUGUACAAUUAGUGGAGAACAUGCAUAAUACACAGACAAAUACAAAAAGGUAGAGAGGGCCCUGCCCGUAAGCUGAGAUCUAGUAAUUUAAGCUCUUUUAUACAAAGUGCAUAGCUAGAUAGCCCAUGAGCUUACAAUCCAAUGUAGAGUUAUAUGUGUGUGUAAAUAGUAAAAAUUUUCCACUUAAAUUUUUUUAGCCGAUGAAGAUGAAGAAUUGACGGUUAGUUUUUGGAACGGUAAGAAGAAACGGGUUCCUCUUGGUGUUGCCGUGUGGAUCUCUCCCUCUGUGUAUAAACGAAUCAUGGACCGGCUGCACCAACCCAUCACAAGUGGACAAAAGCUCCAGGAGAGUAUCCCAAACACCACUACGUACGUGUUUACAGACAGGUUCACCUCGGUGCCCACUAACCUGUGCCCUCCCAGCCAUCUCCAUAAACACAGCUGGCAUCACAGCCACACCUAUCCCCACCACCUGCAACAGCAUUGUUCUUGCUGCUGUUAUCCCAAACAUGCAGGGUGCACAUGCUGUUAUGACCCCAAAUGCCAGGACUGGUGGCCACUUACACCCACGGCCACCGUGUAUGUACAAAGCAGGAAGGAACAGGAAGAUCGGGACAGCAUCCACUUAACCACAAGACGGAAAGAAAAGUCUUAUCAAAUCUCAAAGUCUUCGGAGUCUGAAGAUGAAAAAUCUCUUGAUGAUGACGACAACGACUAUGACGACCGCAGUGAUAAUGAUGAAGACAGUGACCGAGAAACAUGGCUGUCAAAGACUACACAGAGUACGAUGGUGGACAGUGGAGUGAAUACGGACUCUAGCCUGUGGGACAAGCCAAGAGAGGACAUUAAUCAACGUCCUGAUUGGAAAUACUGGAGACACAGUCAGCCGGAACCUUUUUACCGGAAACCAGGUAAUUCAAUUUUUACGAGGAAUUAUAACACAUCAAACCCCAGAGCUAAGAUACAAUAUACAGCUUACUCAACAUCCAAACUGUGUGUACACAGGGAAAAGUUCUGAUUAAUAAAUCGCAGGUAAAAAAUUUAAAGGCUUUAUUGGCACAGUGGUCAACAGAGUGCACCGUUUGUUUUUCAGUUUGACAAUUUUUAUUAUUUUCCAGGAUAGAGAAAGCAAGAAGGGAAAGGGGGGGGUGGGGGGAGUCACUUAUGAGAAACAAUAACAAUCAUUAACACAGAAUUAAUCUUGACAUUGUUCAUAUGGCAAGAGUAACAUCAUAACCCUCAUGUAGCAUCUGAACUCAACAGAGUGUACGUUAAACAGUGACAGGCCACAGCUACCACGCUUCUUAUAAAUCCCAUGAAACUCAUUAAUGUCAUUAUUGUCUCAAUCUUUAUAGCAACUUUUUUCAAUUGAAUCCAGAAACGCCCUAUAAAUCAGCUUUUGCCAUUAAACUAUUUUAGCAGGACUUUUGCCGGGUCCCGGUGAUAAAAUGCUGAGGAUCUGAGGAUAUUCUGCCCAUUUAGAAAGUAUUUUAUGAUUUUUCUUUUCUCAUUUUCUAAAACAGUCGAAGAAUUUGUUGCUUAGAAAACUUAAACCAGAAAAGUCAGUUUUGACAUAGACCACAUCAUUUAUAGACUUACUCUGGGAAUCCAAACUCAUAUAAUGCACAGCCAGACUUCUGCAAUGAGGCUGAGAGUCUAUCUCAUUCAGUGUUGGAGUUUUACUCUCAAUGUCUUAUUCCCUCAUUUUUAGGAAAUACUGUGAGAAAAUCAAAAAGUGCGGCUUCUCAAUCGAAUUCCUGUGUGUCUUGGCCGGACGUUACAGGUUUAGCCAAUCAGAGCUCUUUGUUCGAAACGAUUGUGGAUUCCCCAGUCAGAAGACUUACGGUGAAAGAUGUUCUUGUUCACAAAGAUUUCAACCCAUCAGAUGUUGUACGUAAACAUUAAAAACUACACAAACUGGUGAGACGACAGGCGACAGAAACUUUUAUAUGGAGCAAUUCUGGAGCAAAGUGCUAAAAUCAGAGCAAUCAGUACAUGCAUUGCAUUGGUAUCUAUAGCGAUUGCUCUAGUUUGAGCAUGAUGCGUCAGAGUCACUCUGAGCUGACUACUAAUCUGUUCCUGUUAUUCACUAAACUGAGAUUUCAAAGUCAAUUUCAAAUUUAAGGCCAGAGUAGCCGAGCUGAAAGCAUAGCAGACUUUGAGAAUUUCCAGUUUGUUUUUUGUUUUGUAAAUCUGUUUUUAUUGAAAAGUUUUUUCUCACAAUCAAUACAUAUAACAAGAAGAUUUGCAGUAUGGGACACGCAGGUCACGCAGGUCUAUUGUAUUAGUAGGACAAUGGUAUAUCUGUGGUUUUUUUUUUAAAUGUUUUUCAUGACAGUAUUAAUACAGAGCAGUUGAACAAUUUGAACAGCAAGGCGCGUAGGCCUCUUAGAGUGGUAGAAACAAUUGAUAUUUUUAUAUAGUAUGCAUUGGACUCGCAGGUCUGUUCAAGUCAAUCCUGUCAUUUUUGAAUCGUGUCCCAUUGACCUAUGUUAAUGAUAAGGUGUGAAUAUCCGUGAGUAUGAAGCGGUUUUAAGGGGGGUUGAUGCGUUCCUAGCGAUUUGUGUGGGUGUGCCUGCUACGGGGUUUGUUUUUAAGUAGGUGUGAUUGUUAUUUCUCUUUUGUUACGUGUUUCGGUAUAGUAUUAACAUAGAACCAUUGAAUAUAUCAAACAUCGGGGCUCGCAGGCCUCCUGGGGUGUAUAUAACCGUUACCCUUUCUGUAUACUGUGUAGUGGACUCGCAGGCCCAUCGGAGAUAAUCAUGCCAUCAGUAUGUUGCUUUUCUGUAACCCCAGUUGAUGAUUUGGUGUGUAUGUCUAGGGGUGGGAGGUGGUGGUAGUGGGGGGUGGGGUAUUUUCGUUGGCGUUUGUGGGUGUGGUUGGUUGUGAUCUGUAUGGUGUUUGCCAUGUUAUUACAGAGUAUGUUUUUUAUUGUGUCUGUUAGCUUUUGUAGUUUCUCGUUGUGUGUCUGUGAGAUGUAUAUGCCGUCAGUUAGUGGGGAGUGUGGGUCUCUGAUCGGGUUGGUAUGGUUGGAGUCUUGGGGGUGUUCUUAUAGGUUUUGGGGGUCUUUUAAGGUUUAUUAUAGUGUUUUCGUGUAGGGUGUGUCGUUUCACAGUGGGGCAGUUUGGCCUUUUUUUUACCUUAAAUUUUAAAUUUACUUUGAAUUCUCCCUUUAGAUGACCCCGUGUAUAUUAAAGAAGCCUCCUCACACACGUCCUGCAUAUUUAAAGGUUUAACAAUAAUCUCAGUGAUUUAUUAACGAACUGCCGAUAUUGCGUUUUACAGAAACAAGCUCCGCCUGUCGCAGAACGUCUCGGUGAAUCAGAAGUUGACAAAUUAUGCAAAAAACAAGUUAUUGCAGAAAAACGUAGAGAGCAAAUAACGAAGCACCGGGAAUGGGAAGAAGACAGGGCACAAAGUGCUGACCAAAAAUACUGCGAAACUCAAGAGGUUCACAGGUGAAGGAGCUAAUACUGCUCUUCUCUCAACUGGUGAUAAUAACUGGCACUUCAUAGCGGGAGUAGUAGAUAUACAAAAUACAAAAUGUAGGGAUCCAGCUGACAUCACUAAAACAGAUAAAUAAAAUUAAACAUUGUAUAAUACGGUUAUAGCCUCUGAUAGCAAAACACGUAAUGGCUGCACUCACAAAUUUGAUGUGAUAAAGUUUUCAAGUUGCUUCCCCUGUAGUUAUAGGGGGUAUAGCCCAUUCCUGGUGGUGGUCCCAAUCUGGAAGCCAGGAAUUUCAGGAACUCCAAGUGUAUAUUGAAGUACAAAAUUAUUUAUUAGUAUAUAUUAAAACAAAUAAAAAAAAACAAGAACAGUCCUACGCAUUUCGUCCUCCGUGGAGCACUUCCUCAGGGUCCUACGCGUUUCUGCUCUGUGGAGAACUUCCUCAUGAGAGUAGUAGAUACCUGGACUAGCCUUCCAUUGGAAGCCAUGAAGGGUAGUAGAUACCUGGAUUACCCUUCCAGUGGAAGCAGUAAAGGCUAACAGUGAUAUAGCAAGGGUAGAAGAUACCUGGAAUAGCCUUGCAGUGGGAGCGGUAAAAGCUAAAGGGUGACAUAGAAAGGGUAGUAGAUACCUGGCAUAACCUUCCAGUGGAAGCAGAUAAUUUGGGAUGUGUGUUAGAGGUGUUUAACAAAAUAUCCUGAAUUGUUGCAGCUCAAGUAUUAUUGCGGUGAAUUACCAGUUUACAGUAAAUUGUGGAAUAAGCAUUUCUAUGACACCAUGGGGAUUAAUUUAACAUUGGGCAGUUUAUAUAUAAUGCCUUGUGCAGGGUGUUGGAUGGAUGGCUGCUGUCCUAAUACUCACUUUGUGUUUAAGGCACAAGACUUUGCAACGUCUGAAAAACGAGGACAUGAAGGUGAAAGAGCAGGCAGCUAAGAAAACACAGAAUAUUACCGCCAAGAAAGCUGCGCGUGAGAGAAACAGUGUGCGCAUGCAGACUAUUGCAGCGGAAGAUAAACUGAAGGAGCAGCGCAGACUCGAUCACCUGCGGAGUGUGCGGGAAAAGAUCGACCAGAGAGAAUUCGAUAAAUGUGCAGCCAAUGAACAGAAGGAGAUAGAACACAUGGUAAGAUAACCUUUACACAUAAUGUAACCCCGUCUCCACUCCCUAGGGAAACAGGGAUUUGAACCAGAGGUAUGUGGAGUUUAUUUACCGAAUUGGGAACUGUAGAGAAAAAUUUUAGGCAAAAUAGUUGCGCUGGGAAAAAAAUCUACAACUCCAGGAUGUUAGGGAAGCAGAAAAAGUUCAGAGGUGGGUUACAACAUUAAUAAGGGGAAUAGAUUAUUUAAAUUAUGAAGACAAAGUAAAAAAUAAUGUGACUGAGGAUAUGGUAACCUUUACACAAUAUAUACAUGGGCAAUACAAACAGCUCUCUGGCAACCUGUUCAUUAAAAGGACUGUACAAUGGACAAGUGGUCACCCAUUUAGACUUGCAGAGAAGAGAUUUCACCUGCAGCAUCAUCAAUUACACAGCACCAGCCAAUUUCCGUGACAGCAGAUAAUUGGUCAACAAUGUAGUGGCAACAGAAGAAAUGGAGCGUGUUCAUUCGACGGGGUUUUAAAUGGCUCUGUUUUUUUUUUUUAGCCAUUAUUGCUCUCCUGUGUGGAUUUUUUCCAUAGGGUCAAAAAUGUAUAUAUUGUUUUUUUAGUGUUAGGCAGAUUCUCCAGUAGUAGCACUUUGCCGAAGUAGUUAUUUGUAAAUUCAGUUUUUGUGCAUUUCAUGUGUAAACGCAGCCUAAAUAAAACAAACAACUAAUUAAAUCGUUUUUUCUUCCAAUCACAGGACGCACAGAGAAUGAAAGUUAACAAACACUAUAAAGAGGUGGCAGACAAAGUGUUUCAAACAGAAACAAAAAGGAAGAGUGGAAAUCGCAAAGUCCAGUAUAUCGAGGAUUAAUGACCCGACUAGUGUGUGAUUAAUGGUCCAUGCACCUCUCCCCAAGAUUCCUGCCCCAACAUCCACCUUUCUAAAUUACGUGUUUUUAUUUAUAUAGGUUUUAUCUUUCAUUUCAUUAGCCCCAGUUCCAUUGAUUUCAAAUAAUUUUAAACAUGGGGUAUAAUGGCCGGAUCACAGGUGAGUUAAUAAAAGCGAAGAUGAAUCAACAAUUAGUCAGCGAGCUGGACUCUGGGCAAAACGAUGAGACUCGUCUAGGUUUGGUCCUAUUCGCUAUCACUAUACUAGAAGUGUGCCUCAGACCCUGGGCUAUCACUAUACUAGAAGAGCGCCUCAGACCCUGGUAGAUCAGAAUCCAUCUCUAAAUUAAUUAAUUCACGUGAGGUCAUGUAUACCACCACUUAUCAAUUAUUUAUAAAACAUCAAACAGAUACUACAGCGUUGUACAACAGCAUGGAAAUGCGCUAUAUACAGAAACAAAGGAGCUUGCAAUCUAUAGGACUGAACAAAUUUAUAUUCUGUCUACAAAUGUGUAUACACCACUAGAAACGAUCACAAAUAAAAUAUUUUGGUUUGAAGAUUUGUGUCGGUUUUGGAUGCAAGGGGGAGUGGGGGUUAACUGUCUAAAUCACAGACUUGUGGUAAAUCUGAAAUACAAAAUGUAGCCUAAAAUAGCC